AUGUCUCCAACAAACACUUUCCACCCAUUCUCACGCCUACCCGCCGAGCUGCGCGACUCAAUCUUCAACUUCAGUAUGCCUUCAACUACAACUAUACACAUCAGCGAGGCCGAGUUCGAAGUCACACAAAUUUCAUCACCACCCAGCCUCCUUACCACAAGCCAUGAGGCCCGCGAAGCAGCUCUAAAAUGGGAGUUGAAGAAAUACCCCAUCUGGACUGUAGACGAUUGGCAAGACAUCUACCUUUCGCCUUCUUCCGACACAAUCCUCGAACUUGUCAUCGAGCCCUCGAAAAGCCACACUCUCAAUAUUACAUGGACGGAGCUGCACGAGAUCCUUCACGAUGCGCUCACAGAGGCGAAACGCCUCCAUAUUGUGUGCAGUGAGCCUGAACGCCUAGCUAGGCUGUUCAUGCUGCCUGAGGGUGAAAUUGUCAGCGUGGGGGAGAGUUGCGUGGAAAAGGGAUUGUUCGGUAGCGAGGUCAUUUCUUCGGAUCGAAAUGUUCGCCAAAGCCUCCAAGGAGAGGAUGACGUAAGGGUGUGGAGCAUGGUCGAUGAAGAGGUUUCGGACGGUUUUGGGCCCGAGGCUCGAGUCUUCACCACCAAG